GUCCAGAUCCUUCUGUCGUACGAGCAUUGAGUUCCCGAAAGACUACAUAUCCCAGCAUGCAUCAGAGGCAACUUUCUCGUGGGCACUACAUUUCCCAGACGGCAGGCUACACCGCAGUGUUUUCUGGGGUGAGAACCACGCCGCCUCCAAGCCACAGUGCUACCAGGGAAGCGCGGACCUUUCAACGAGAGCUUUACUAAUUCUCACGCUGCGCCCCUGGAAGGCGAUGGAGGUGGCUGCUAAUUGCUCCCUGCGGGUGAAGAGACCUCUGCUGGAUCCCCGCUUCGAGGGUUACAAGCUCUCCCUCGAGCCGCUGCCCUCUUACCAGCUGGAACUUGACGCAGCUGUGGCAGAAGUAAAACUUCGAGAUGAUCAAUAUACCCUGGAACACAUGCAUGCUUUUGGAAUGUAUAAUUACCUACACUGUGAUCCAUGGUAUCAAGACAGUGUCUACUACAUUGAUAACCUUGGAAGAAUUAUGAAUUUAACAGUGAUGCUGGAUACUGCCUUAGGAAAACCACGAGAGGUGUUUCGACUUCCUACAGAUUUGACAGCAUGUGACAAUCGCCUUUGCGCAUCCAUCCAUUUCACAUCUUCUACCUGGGUUACUUUGUCAGAUGGGACUGGAAGACUGUAUCUUGUUGGAACAGGUGAACGCGGAAAUAGUGCUUCUGAAAAAUGGGAGAUUGUAUUUAAUGAAGAGCUUGGGAGUCCUUUUAUCAUAAUUCACAGUAUCUCAUUGCUGAAAGCUGAAGAACAUUCAAUAGCUACUCUCCUCCUUCGAAUAGAGAAAGAGGAAUUGGCUAUGAAAGGAAGUGGUUUCUAUGUUUCCUUGGAGUGGGUCACUAUUAGUAAGAAAUAUGAAGAUAAUAAAAAAUAUGAAAUGGCUAAGUGUAAUAUUCUCCGUGGGAAGUCCGUGCCACAUUAUGCUGCUAUUGAACCUGAUGGGAACGGUCUGAUGAUUGUCUCCUACAAGUCCUUUACAUUUGUUCAAGCUGGUCAGGAUCUUGAAGAAAGUAAGGAUGAAAACAUGUCCGAGGAAAUCAAAGAACCUCUGUAUUACUGGCAACAGACUGAAGAUGAUUUGACAGUAACAAUACAGCUUCCAGAAGACUGUACUAAGGAAGACAUUCAAGUACAGUUUUUGCCUGAUUCUAUCAACAUUGUACUGAAGGGUCAGAGGUUUUUGGAAGGCAAUCUCUUUUCAUCUAUUGAUCAUGAAAGCAGUACAUGGAUAAUUAAAGAAAAUAAUAGCUUGGAGAUUUCCUUGAUUAAGAAGAAUGAAGGCAUGACAUGGCCAGAGCUAGUGGUUGGUGAUAAACAAGGGGAAUUUAUAAGAGACUCGGCUCAGUGUGCUGCAAUAGCUGAACGUUUGAUGCAUUUGACCUCUGAUGAACUGAAUCCAAAUCCAGAUAAAGAUAAACCUCCUUGUAAUGCUCAAGAGUUAGAAGAAUGUGAUAUUUUCUUUGAAGAGAACUUCAGUUUAUGCAGAUUUGAUGGCAAUACAUUAAAAACUACUCAUGUGGUGAAUCUUGGAAGCAACCAGUACCUUUUCUCUGUCAUAGUGGAUCCUAAAGAAAUGCCCUGCUUCUGUCUGCGCCAUGAUGUUGAUGCCUUGCUCUGGCAGCCACACUCCAGCAAACAAGAUGAUAUGUGGGAGCAUAUUGCAACCUUCAAUGCUUUAGGCUAUGUCCAAGCAUCGAAGAGAGACAAAAAAUUUUUUGCCUGUGCUCCAAAUUACUCCUAUGCAGCCCUUUGCGAGUGCCUUCGACGCGUUUUCAUCUACCGUCAGCCCACGCCCAUGUCUACUGUACUUUACAAUAGGAAGGAAGGCAGGCAAGUAGGGCAGGUUGCUAAGCAGCAAGUAGCAAGCCUAGAAACCAAUGAUCCUAUUUUAGGCUUUCAAGCAACAAAUGAGAGAUUAUUUGUCCUCACUACCAAAAACCUCUUUUUAAUAAAGGUAAAUACAGAAAAUUAAUUACUCUAACACAUUGGCUUCUCUGUACUGCCAAAGUAUUCAGUGGUAGCUGGAAGGCUGAGCAGUUUUGCUAUAAUCUGUUAAGUUUUACUGUGUUAAAUAAAAUUACCUUGUAUGAAUUUUUUUAAGGAUAUUGGAAAUAUAUUUGCAAUUUAUGGGUCUAUAAAAGCUAUGGAAUGAAGCUGCAAAUUUAGAGAAGACAGCUUCUGUAAAAAAUGAUAAUUUUUAAAAACAGACUAGAAUCUCAUCUUUUAUAUGAAAGAUGUACAGUUCAUUGUUUAAACAAAAAUAUUUAUCAUGUACUCUGUUUGCCGAUAUAGUUUCUACUUCUAUACCAAUAGGAUAAUAGUUAACAUGUUGAUUCUUGUAAUUUUAAAUGGACCGAAUAGCUGGAGUAGAGGGGGAUAUAUAACAGAUACAGCAGGUCUAAUAUUGUUAAAGUUUGCUGAAGAGACCUGAGGUGUUUUUUCAAAAUAAGUAUAGCUUUAACUUUUAUAAAUCCAUUUGGUCUUCCACAGAAUAGAUAGAGAUGAUAGGUUCUAUCUAUAAAGUGUAGCUCUUACCCAUUACUAUAUAAUAAACCACCCAAAAACUCUAGUGGUUUAAAACAGGAUAUUUUAUAAUUUUUCAUUGUUCAGUGAUUUGACUAUCUCUGUUCUGCAUGGCCUCUCCUUCUCCAAUAAGCUAGAGUGUGUUUUUUCCCAUAACAGAGAAAACAUUACAAGAGAGCAAUUCCCUAAUGUUCAAGAGUUUAUCAAGCCUGUACUUGCAUCGUAUUUGCUCAUCUUCAGUUGAACAAAGCAAGUAGCCAAGUCUAGAGUCAGUGUGAGAGGUGAGCAUACAAGGGUACAGAUAGCAGGUGGAAUGAUUCACUGGAAGCCAUUACUAUAACAGUUUACCAUACAAAUUAUAAUUUAUCCUUGUAGUUCUCCCUGUAGUUCUACAGUUUAAAAAGUAAUCCUAUUUGUACAUUAAAUAUGUCUUGCCAUGAA